AUGGGUGAAGCGCAGCUCCCCUGGAACGCCGGGACCCACGAUGGCCUAGUUUCGAUUGGCAGCCAUGAACUACAUCUAUACGCGUCGGGACCAACCAGACAAACUCUCAACGGCACCUACCAACCCGCAGUGAUUAUCGAAGCAGGACUAGGGAGUAGCCAAAGCGAAUGGGUCGCUGUGCAGCGCCUUAUUGCCUCCAAAGCUCGCGUCUACACGUACGACAGAGCAGGCUACGGGCGUAGCCAAGCCUCCCCACUUCCACCAACGGCGCAAAACCGGGUCCACGAGUUGACCCACUUGCUCGACGCCGCAGCGAUAGAAGCCCCCUAUAUCCUGGUGGGCCACUCAUACGGCGGCGUCCUCAUCCGCGAAUUUCUCCGCCAGCAUCCGGGAAAAGUGGCGGGGAUGGUCAUCGUGGAUUCUAGUCGCGUUCGCACGCGUCUACCGACCUCUUGGCCGAAUCUAAUGGGUCCAUCCAGCUACCCUGCGAUCGUUGGCCUAGAUACAAACCACAUUUUGACACCCGAAGAAUACGAGGCUGUCGAACGCGAUCAAUCUCGCAAUAUGGCUACCGCGCAAGUGGAAGAGGGGUUUAUUGCGUCGAGUACCGAGGCCGUCAAUGCCGCUUUACCACUUGGAUACCGAGCGCUGGGUCACAAACCACUGAGCGUGAUAUUUGCCAACGAAUCCGUUGAUUUCGGCAAGAUCUACGAUUUCAGCGUAACGCACGGCUAUGGAUCGAUCGCGGAACGGGAAGAAAUGCGCGAGCGCCUCACAGACAUGGAGCAAGUAGAUGAGCAGGGGCAACGGGCGCAUCUGGGGAUGUCAUCUCGGAGCCGGUUCGUAUACGCACAAGACAACGCCCGAACACACAAUGUGCAAAUUGUGGCGCCGGAAAUGAUUCGGGAUGAGGUAUUUUGGGCACUUGGAAUCGCGGAAGAAAGCGAAGAAUAG